AUGAAUUGCUGGGGGAAAAUGAAGAGGUCAGACUGGGUCUUCCCCACUGCUUUACUCUCUUUUUAUGGUUUCUUUGCCAACUGUAGACCAGCAGAACCUUUUCUUACACCUUAUUUGGUUGGGCCCAAAAACAUCUCAGAAGAAGUGGUAACAAACUACCUGUUUCCAAUCUGGACAUACUCAUAUCUGUCCCUCCUCUGCCCAGUAUUCUUGUUGACAGACUUAUUGAGAUACAAACCUCUAAUUGUAACUCAAGGUCUCUUUCUAGUCACAAAUUAUAUACUACUUUGCUUUGCUCACAGCCUGACUGCUAUGACCUACCUGCAGUUCAACUUUGCAAUGGUCACCUCCACUGAGGUGGCCUACUUUUCUUAUAUCUACAGCAUCAUUCCUCUUGAACACUACCAAAAAGCCACUGGAUAUGUCCGUAGUGCUAUGUUGACUGGCUUUGCUUUUGGGGCGACAUUAGGGCAGUUGUUAAUAUCAUUAGCCAGCACAAGCUACUUCCAUGUAAACACCAUUACUCUAGGUUUAAUGGUGGUGGCUUUUUUUAUUUCUUUGUUCCUACCAAUGCCCCAGCAUGGAAUGUUUUUCAAAAGUGGAGUAGAGGUGUCUACAGACACAUUGGCUGAGAUAUCAAAGGCAUCUGAGAGAGGGAAAGAUUUAGGAAAUGAGGAAAAAGGAAGAUGCUGUGCUUGGAGAAACUUAAAACACUCUGGAAGACAAAUGUUGGAGAGUCUUAGAGAAUCGUACUCCUCAAGGCGGCUUGUGCAGUGGUCGCUCUGGUGGGCUCUGGCUACAGCUGGAUAUGGACAGGUUUUCAACUAUGUUCAGCUUAUGUGGGACCACAUCAAGCCCUCCAGUACAUCUGCCGUGUAUAAUGGUGGAGUAGAGGCGGUAUGCACACUUGUAGGUGCAGCUGCAGCCUUCUCUGUCAGCCAUAUCAGAGUACAGUGGGGAGUGUGGGGUGAGCUCUCUCUAGGUGUAUUCUCUGCUGUAGGUGCCGGGUGUGUCUUUCUUAUGGGCCUCACCAACAAUAUCUGGCUGUGUUAUGCAGGCUAUGCUAUCUUCAAAGCCUCAUACAUGUUCCUUAUUACAAUCACGAUGUUUCAGAUAGCGGUUAACCUCUCUAUGGAAUGUUAUGCUUUGACCUUUGGCAUUAACACUUUUGUUGCACUUACCCUACAAACAAUACUAACUGCUGUUGUGGUGGACAGUACUGCUCUGGGACUGGACAUUGUAACACAAUUCAUUGUAUAUGGGGGUUACUACAGCACUAUUUCCGUGCUGUUCUUCAUCCAAGGUCUGUACACUGUUUGUAAGCAUUACCGCACAUCUGCAAUUGGAACAAAUACAGACCGACCACCCCCUGCAAUUCUAGAGGGUCAAUAUGGACCAGCCAUCAACGGCAUAGAGGAUCUCGGUCUUCAAUCACCACCACAGCAUUAUAAAGAACAUUCAGUGCCAUAAGUAACACCCCCAAACAAAACAGAAACAUAUAUAUAUACAUUUUUUGUUUGUUUGUUUUGCUGUUAUUACGCUACACUAAAUUCCACUGUGGUUGAUUAUCUUUUACAUUUAUCAUGUAUCUUAGUAUCAAUAUUCAGAAUUAUUUAUUUUAUCUGUAUAUUUGCAUACACUCAAGUUUUUUUCUACCCUUUUCCUGUUCAGAUGACAAAAUAAUUGAAACAUUUUUGUCUGCUGGUUCCCUAAAUCAUUAGUUAUUAUCAAAAUGCUUGGAAUAGAUACAAUGAUGAAUUUGAUAAAAGAUUUAGAGUUUCAUUUAAUAAACACAAAUACACAGUUAAACCAACAAACACUUGUACAGUUCUUAAAGUACUAUCGUGACACUGAGACGACAGGCGCCAAUUCUGUAAUUUAACACCGGAAGGUUUUGAAAACGUUCGAAGGGAAAAGCGGACGUGAUUUCGACUAUUCAAAAAGCCGCGGUGUAAACUGGGAAUUGAAGUACAAGAACCUUAGUCUGGUUAAGUUUAAUGUGGCUAAACUUCGAUCAUUGCAAUUAUAGCGUUUCUCAUAUCAUAUUUUUGGCACCCAAAUAACUAAAUAGAUCUACUAGGCAAUAUAUCUAUAAUAAAGUAUUUAUAUUUGGAGAAUAAUUUUAUUACAAAAAGGGUAAUGAUAUUAGUGUGUUCUUGAAAGUAAGCAUUUUGAAAAUGAAACAAUUCAACAUUGAAAUGUAAUUAAUAUAUAUAUUUUUUAUGUAUUCACUUAUAUUGUAUGAUAAUAAAACAUAUUAUAAAAGUAAAUAUAAAUUUAUUUGUGUUUCUCAAUUAAACUCUUUCAGGUUAGAUGAAACCAUUUAUUUAAUAUUCAUUAUAUUAAAUGCAUUUCUAGAGCUGUCACGUUAUUUGUGAAGUGUAAACUUGUGAUAUCUGCUGUAAUCCACGAUAUUUUGCCUAAACAUUUUUAUGUUUUGUAUAAUAUAUAUAAUAUAUAAAAAAAUAAAGGAAAUAAAGGAAAAUAAAAUCACUAGUGGAGAAUCCGAAGCAUUUGUUGUUGUCUAAAUACUAAUGUAGAAAACAAUUUAUAUAUA